AUGGAGAUUCCAAAUAAGUUCCAAAUUGCUCUGGCUAUUGUUAUUUGUCAGUCGAAACAGCCAUAUUUAACCAUUGAAGAAUAUAUUGAUUAUAUACGGAUUGCUUUGCGAAAAAAGAAUACAAAAAAAGAUGCAAAUGACAAUUGUGGAUGCUUUGAUAUUGUUUCUUUUUGGCGGAAUUUGUUUGAGAGUGUAGAUCGUGAAAAUGUUAAAUUACGUAUUAAAGUAAUGGAACUUGAAAAAGUUAAUCAAAAUAUGUCUCUUUAUACAGAUACUCAGUUUAAAGAUAUGCAUCUUCAGUUAGAAACGUCUAAUAAACAUAUAUUUGAUAUGGAAAAAAUAAAUAUACUACUCCAUGAUUCAAGAUCUGAAAAACUUUAUGACUCUUUUCAUUUGUUUUAUUUGUCUUGUUUAUUACCAACGUCAAUAAUUAAUGGUUCGGAAUUCCGACAUGCAAGUGUUUUUGAAGCAUUUAAACGAUUAUGCAAUUCACUGAAUCAUUAUAUUAUGGAUUCUAUAUCUAUGGCUCUAAAUUAUAGAAGAAUUAAAGUUUUUCGUACAAUUUUAGAAUAUAUAACAUAUGUCGCUAAGUUUUCAUGGAGUAACGAAAGUUAUUAUAUAAAUUCUCUUUCUAGUGUUUUUGAUGCAUUUUUUGAAUUAAUACGGUAUCAAUCUAACUAUCAUAUGACUUUAGAAAAAAAAAUGUCUACAUCUCUUGAAAUAGUUAAGGGCAAUUCAUAUGUUGAUGAGCGUUAUGAAAUCACAUGUCUUGUUUCGAAUAUAACAAAUCAAUUUCAUACACUUUUUCCUAUAGUUACUGAUUUACUUGUUAAACAUAUAAAAAUAAGUUAUAUACGAUGUGCUGAUCAUAAUAUACCUUUAGCAUCUAAAAAUUCAGAAAACUCUGCAUGUGGAUACUAUCUCUAUAAUCUUUCAGUUCUUUGUCAUAAAAAUCGUAAAAUUCCUUCUGAUAAUCUUGAACAACUUAUAAAAUUAGUUGAAAGAAAUUCUAGAGAUUCUAGGUGUUUUGAACUUGAUAAAACUCUUUGGAAUACAAUAUGUUAUCUUUCUUUUAUGGAAUAA